AUGAAAGUGGACAAGCCAGGACCGAGGAAAAAACCGCUGCCACCACUCCCGUCUUCUUUCUACCACCUGUACACCUCCAAGCCCGCGUCACAGCUCGACGCCAGCUGCGAAACCGAUAAGAAUGGAAAAGUAAGAGCCCUUCCUCACAUUGAGGGCCAGUGGCCUACACAUGUGUACCUGGAAUGGAAGCCGGACGUGGCCUGGAGACGUCUCGAGAUGCUCAAUGGGGCUAUUGCCAAGGUGCUAGAGACCUACCAAGUGGUCUACCACAGCCUGGCCAAGUCUGACGUUGGAGUACGACUACCUCUGCAUGUAUCUCUUUCCGACACUCUGAUGCCCACCACCGAAAGCAAACAGCAAGUGACGGACAGCAUUUGCGAGGCUGUUACGGGGUGGAAGGGCCCCAUCAAGAUCAAUGUGUCCAAGACAAAGUUACAGGUGGUGUUGAACCGGCAGAAAACACGUGCGUUUGUGGUCCUAGCUCUGACCGACAAUGAGCCCAUAGUGCGUCUGAUCGCGGCCGUCAAUGCAGCCGUGGAGCCUCACGGGCUGCCAGCGUUGGCUGCGCAUCCUCACGUGUCCAUAGGAUGGUUUCUUCCGAGAGCAGACCCCGAUCCCGUUUCAGACGCGAUAGUCACGAGUCCGGAGACAGACAGACAUUUGACUGCCCUUUUCGGUAAAGUGACUUUCGACUGUGUGAAAAUCAAGUGUGGAAGGUUAGUACAGUCCGUGCGCUGUAUAUAG